UCACGAAAACUCUCAAAAUGAGAAUACCAUUACGGACGUUUAUAAUUGCAUUAAUAUUAAAUGCAUGUACUGAUGGGCUUCCUUAUAACCAAAUUCCAGAUUAUUUCACAUCGCAACAAUCAUCUUGGUACGAUAAUAAACAAGAUCAACAGCAAGAUAGUAGUUCUUCUAAUACUUCGCCACAAUUUUUACGAGAACAACAAUCUGGUGAAUUUGGUACUCAUUGGAAUCAAUUAAACCGACCACUUUAUAUCAGUCAAUCCGACUUAUAUUCUGGUUCGAUAUCUCAAAACACAGACAUGUCAGAUUUCAUUACAUAUUCUCAAUCAAAUUUAAAACAAGAAGAAAUAUCUGACGAGGGAUUAAUUGUAUCUUGUAACGGAGAUAAUAAACUCUGCGUGAAUAAAAAUCUUUGUAUAGGUGGAUACGUUACUUCUAUACAAAAAGAAUUCAUUCGCGAUAAAGAACAGAUUCAACAAUGCAAUCUGAAAUACGAAAUAUGUUGUAUCGUAAAAGAUUAUUACGAACAAUCAUCAUCUGAUGUUGAUGACUCAAGCGUUCCUUUAUUGGAACAAAGUGAUUAUUACGAUUCAAAUCCCAUAAUUAAUAGUCAAGUACAAAUUCGUCCAAAACAAGUAGAUCAACAAAACAUUUUAGUUGAUUUGAGUUCAUCUCAAAAUGUAAAAUCAACGAUAAACAGUGGUGUCGAACAGAUUGCAGUACAACAACAAAUUACUGAUUUUAAUGAAAGUACAGAUCUAAAUUCAAGUGUUACGAUAUCUCCACAAUUAUCAAUAAGUUCUGGAACUAGUUUAAAUCAAGUAUUUGCUAAAGGUAGUGAUAUAGGUUCACAGUCAUCAUCAAAUUUACCAAGUUCAAGAUUUCCUGAAUUCAAACCACCUGUACAAUUAGGAUGUGCUGCCGCUUUACUUUGUGUAGAAGAACAAUAUUGUACUAAGGAAGGAAUAAUUAGUACACAGCCUAUAACAUUUACAGAAAAAGAUGUUCUACAGCGUGUUCCAUUGAGUAGUUGUAAGAAUCUUGAGAGCGGAAUUAUUGGAAAAUGUUGUCGCGAUCCAAAUUACGUAGACCCGUGGCCAACGGGUAAUUUACCAGCUAAUUAUUCUGGUGGUUUUGAUGAACAAGGAUUUCCAACAUUUUUAAAUAUAGCGAAAGUACGAGCACCAAAAAAGCCAACUAUUGGCUUAAAAACGGCACCAAUUGUUAAGCCAUCGGUGAAACUACCAGCAUUUAACAAUGAACCAAUUUUUCCUAUUACAUCACCCGUCCCGACGCUACCUACACAACCAAACGAAAAUAAUUAUGAAGUUCCUGAUUCUUCUAUUCAAAUACCAAAACAAGUCACUGGACCAUUCUAUCCUCUACAAUAUCCAUUGAUACCGAACGAAACACCUUCUAUCAUACCAAGGCCAUUUACUAAGAAUAAUUAUAAUACUGCAUCUAGCAAACAAGACUCUGUAUUGAUUCCUCUUCAACGUAUACCCAACGAAUGUGGAGUACGAAAUGGUGUUCUACAUACAGAUGAAUUAGACAAGCCUGUAACAUCUUUUGGUGAAAUUCCAUGGCAAGCAAUGAUAUUAUCGAAUAAACAACGUAGUAUAUUAUGCUCUGGAGUUAUAUUAGCACCAGACAUUGUUGUAACAACAGCUUAUUGUGUUAAUGGAAUUACACCGGAAGAAAUUUCAGUAAAGUCUGGAGAAUGGAAAUUAGGAUACGAACUUGAACAUGAAGAACCACUUCCAUUCGAAAUAACUAACGUAUCAUCUAUUGCCAUUCAUCCAAAUUAUAUACUGGGAUCUUCUGUAAAUGAUAUGGCUGUUCUCUACUUAAAACAUGCUAUAGCAUACAAUAGACACGUGAAUCCAUUGUGUUUACCGAAUUUGAUUACAACUCAAUCAUUAAAUAAAUGCAUUGUAACGGGAUGGGGUCAAGCAGUAAUUAAAGUACACGCACUUGGUGCUGUUAUGAAUAGUCUUGACGUUGAUGUCUUAUCGCCUGAUGCAUGCAUGCAACAUGCAUCUGGACAACAAUAUAACAUAAAUAUAGAAUACGGAACUAUAUGCGCUAAAUCGCAUAAUACUAAUUACAAUAUGUGUCAAACUGAAAUUGGUGGACCAUUAGCUUGUCAAAGAGAAGACGGAAUUUACGAAUUUGCUGGACUUUACAGUCAGGAUAAUGGUUGUUCUCCCACGCAUCAAAUUGCAAUAUUUACACCUAUCGACAAUGAUUGGUUAAAAAAAAUAAUAUAUUAUAAAGAACAAAAUCUAUCUUUUCCAACAUUUAACACAAAAGAUAAUUCUUACGAUUAUAGAAAAAGUAAUCUUCCAUCUUCAAUAAAUCAAUACCUACCACCAAUCUAGUAAGAAACAAAAAAAUACUAAUAAUAUAAAGUAAACGUUUUGAGACAAUUGUUAUUAACUUAAGAUAUUUUUGAAAGAGUUUAUUCAAUAGAGUAGUAGUGUAUUCGAUUUGCCCGGUGUAGGGAAUGUAAAUAACAAUCCAAAAAAUUGUCCAUGGAAAUAUUGUAAAAUGUCCAAUUUUUAAAACGUCUAUGUACAUUUGUUUCCGAAAAAUAAAUUACCUCCUAAGAAUUCUUCGGCGUAAAUAUACAAUUUUUAUAAUGAUCCAA